AGCGGAAGGGGCGUGUUCCUGGAGCGGAAGUGACGGGACCCGGAAGUGCGGCUCGCGUGCUGCCGCUCUCUGUGGCCUGGCCGUAAAAAUGCCUUUGGAAAGAGAAAAGAAACAGAAGAAAAGGAGAAGUGCCCAGAAGGGAGAGAACCCGGACGAUGGCGUUCGUGGGAGUCAGACAGGAGACUAUCUGGUCGGACAAGUCGCCAAUAGCUUAUUCCACGGCAAGCCCCCCUCCAGCGGCAGCGCAGGUCCACUGGCGUCCCUCUUCGGCUCCUUUGACCCUCAGCUUCAACCCGUGUACGUGCCUGUGCCUAAAGAAACCACCAAAAAAAGGAAACAGGAUGAGGAGGAGGAAAGUACAUCCCAAAAUCAAAGACCAAUUUUGGAAGAAUCUGCCAAAAAAAUGAAAGUGAAGAAGAAACUUUCUGUUGCAGACAAAACGUUGGCAAACAGAGAAAAUGCUCUAGCAAGUGCAGAUUUAGAAGAAGAAGAAGUUCACCAGAAACAAGGGCAGAAAAGGAAAAAUUCUCAAUCUGGUGUUAAAGUAGCAGAUAAAAAAGAACAUGAUGAUGUAGACCACAUAGUUGUAAAUCAAAGAAAGAAAAUUAAAAUCAACCAGGAAGAAGAGAGAUUAAAGAAUGAGAGAACAGUGUUUGUUGGAAAUUUGCCUGUCACAUGUAAUAAAAAGAACCUGAAGUCAUUUUUUAAAGAAUAUGGACAAAUAGAAUCUGUGCGAUUUCGUUCUCUGAUUCCCGCAGAGGAAACCAUGUCCAAAAAGGUGGCAGCAAUAAAACGUAAAGUUCACCCUGACCAGAAAAAUAUUAAUGCUUAUGUUGUGUUUAAGAAUGAGAGUGCUGCUACACAAGCGUUGAAAAGAAAUGGUGCCCAAAUUGCAGAAGGAUUUCGAGUUAGAGUUGAUCUUGCAUCUGUCACUUCCUCUAGGGAGAAGAGAUCAGUGUUUGUGGGCAAUCUCCCAUACAGAAUUGAAGAAUCUACAGUUGAGGAACACUUUUUGGACUGUGGCAAUAUUGUGGCAGUAAGAAUUGUGAGAGAUAAAGUUACAGGAGUCGGCAGAGGGUUUGGCUACGUGCUUUUUGAGAAUACAGAUGCUGUUCAUCUUGCUCUGAAAUUAAACAAUUCUGAACUGAUGGGAAGAAAACUCAGAGUCAUGCGUUCUGUUAAUAAAGAAAAAUUAAAACAAAAUUCAAAACCCAGUUCAAAGGAUGUCAGUAAACCUAAACAGGGACUUAAUUUUGCUUCAAAAAAUGUAGGACAUUCUAAAAAUUUAUUUAUUGGAGAAAAAGCUGUUCCCAUUAAAGAAAAGAAAGGCCAGAAGAAAAGUGGACAGACUAAGAAACAGAAAAAACAGAGGUAGCAACUGAAGCUUUUUAUUUUUAUCUCACUGAGUAUUGGUAAUAAAAGUGUGGUGGACCCACAUAUUGAGUUUUAGAAUUUUUCAUGGAUGACGUAUGUGAAACACGGAAACUUUCCAUUUAUUAUGUAGAAAUAAUAACUUUGAAGUGUUUGUUUUAAGGUGUUGGUGGAUUAGUCACUUGGAUAUGUGUUAUAGGCGACGGUAAAUGAUUUUAGACUAAUGGUAAACAUUUAAAAUUUCAGGUUGUGUAUGAACUUUAGUGGAAGUUAGAAUUCAGAUAGUUAUUUCAGGAAUUACUUGAAAUGAGACACAAUUAAAAAGUGAGUAGAAAAAGAAAAGAAAAAUAUUUAAAGAAAAAAAUUUAAAGAAAUAUAAAGCAAUAAAUAAUAAUGGCUGUCCCAAGACAAAGUAUCUUAAUAAUAAAAGUGGAAAUGCUAACCUAUGGUUUAAUCACAAUCUUUAAGAAGAAAGGUUUUGAGGGCUAUUAUAUAACAGUCACUCAUUUUUUUCUUCCUUUCUUUUGUAUUUAACAAUAAGUGGAGUUCUGGGUUUUAAUUUUAUUCCAUCAACCUAAUAAUAACUAACCAAUAAGACAUAUAAAAUUUGGCUCUGAUUUCUUUUUUUUAAUUGGUGAUUAGACUAGUUAUUGAAGUCCUUGGCAAAUUGGCCAGAAAACAGAUGUCUAAUUUUUCUUUCCUAUAUUUUAAUUUGAAAAAUAUUCUUCCAAGAAAACUUACACCUCAUGAAACAAUCUUUCAGAUACUCAUAUGUAUAGGAAACAUUUUCUGAUAAAAUAUGGUAAUUAUGUCAUAUAGAAUAAAGUUCAACAAGGAGAAUGAAUAUGAGUAGUCCCUUGGAGCUUAACCCUGUGAUACAGUUACUUCCCCUCUCACAAAUUUUUAUACACUGGACCUGUAUCCAGGAAGCAGGAGAGGAGGGAAACCAGAGAGCAGAUCCUAUGUCAGCAAAAUCUGGAUACGUGCAUUCUACCAUUUAGGU